UAAAUCACUAACGAUGAUGAUGAUCAACAAAAUAACAAUUGUCUCUCAUUUAUAAAAUGGUGGGUGGUGAUUAAAAGAGGUGGUAACAUAUAAAUGUUAUGUUAACACAAUCCAAAAGGUUAACCAAAAAAAAAUCACUUAUCCUUUUGGUACUUGUUGAUUACAAUCACAUUACGAGUUAAUUACUAUUGCUGGUGACAAUUUCACGUUGAUUAAUGGAUUACGAACUUUAAUUGAUGAUAUUAGUGAAAAAAGAGAAAAUUAAUCUAAUCAAAAUUGUUACAUUUCUACAUGUUAACAAGAGGAGAGCGAGAGAACAAUUGACCAAACGAUUCCCUCCAAUUCUCUUUGUUUAUCUUUUUUGUUCUAUUCUUUUUGUAACAAAUUAUUCUAUUCUCUUUUAAUCUUCCCAAGUGUUAACAUGAAUUCGUCUCGUUACUUUUGGUCUUCCUUUUUUUCCGUUUAUUUGUUAAUUAAUUUAAUUCUUUUAAUUAAUUGUGUUACAUCGAAAAAAGCUUAUGCUCGUGAUGAGAAAUUCGGUAAAUCUGGAGGAUUAAAUCCGAUGAUUAAACAGAAAUAUUGUAAUUUGGAUAAUUAUCUUCUCGAUGAACAGAAUCAUCAAAUUUUUGAGUGUAUCUUUAAGCCUACAAAUGUGAAAUCAACUGAGAUUCGGGAUUGUGUUGAGAAAUCAUUUCCAUCCGAUGAUUUUGAAACUUCUUACACCAAGAUGAGAAAAGCAGUUUGUACUAAAGAUAUUACUCUUCGAGAGUUUGUCGUGUGUAUUCGGGAAGGUAAAGGUCUCAAUCAUGGUCAUAUUGUGGAUAAAUGUUUGCUAAUUAAAUCAUCAAAGAAAAGGGAAUCUUGUUAUGAUAAAAUGCAAAGAGAUACAAUGAAAUGUUUUGUCAAUAUCCUUGGAAUCAAAUGAUCAAAUCAAACGAGUUACAACAAUUGAUUUUGCUUUUCCUGAAUAUCAAAAAAAAAACGAUUUUGUUUGACAAUAAUCACCUCAAUAUCCUAAAUACAAUGAUGAUAAAAAUUCAAAACCCAUAAAGAUACACACAUAUUUUUGAUCUAAUUGAAUGGAAAACAUCAACAAUUAACCAAAUCAGAAUCAAAUUUAAAUUUCUAAAUGUUAAUUUUUUUAAAUUUAAAAAAAAAUCUCUUCAAUAUUAAUCAAACUGAUUAAUGAUCAUUUAUCAUAAACUAUAUUUUUUGUUAAAACUUUCAAUCUCUAAUUGUUAUAACCCUGACUUUAAACAAUUAGCUGAUUAAGUAACGAUGUCAUGUCAAAUCAACAAAUAACAAUAAAAUCUCAGAACAAACUGGAUCAAUCGAUUCAAACAAAAAAAUAAUUAAAAGGUUAGUCAAAAAUUACAACUUAACCAAUACAAUUAGAGAAAUAAAAAAUUAACCCAAUCACAAGAAUUAACAAUUUAACAUUG